AUGGCACAAAAAGCCCCCGCGCUCGUGUUCGGCACUGCUGGUGUUGCAGAGUUCAGUGAUGACCAGGUGCAGGAGAUAUUUGGUAUCCUUGACAAGCACAAUGUCAAACAGCUCGAUACAGCACGAAUCUACGGCUCGAGUGAGGCUGUCUUGGGUCAGUAUGAGGCCCCGAAACGCUAUACUAUUUCCACGAAGUCAGUCGGAUUCUCGCCGGGCUCCAUGGGAAAGCAAGGAGUGCUAGACUCAAUCACAGAGAGCUUCAAGAAUCUCAAUGUUGAGCAGGUCGACAUCUUCUACCUUCACUCGCCCGAUCCAAACACUCCCAUUGAAGAGACGUUGUCUGCCAUACAAGAGAUAUAUGCUGCAGGCAAAUUUAAGAGGUUCGGGCUCUCCAACUACAGACCCGACGACGUUCAGAAAAUCUACGAUAUUCAAGCCAAGGCCAACUCCGUGCUCCCUUCCGUCUUUCAGGGAAAUUAUAGUGCUGUUUCCCGCCACAUCGAGUCCGAUCUCUUUCCCCUCCUCCACAGACUCAAGAUGAGCUUCUACGCCUACUCUCCAAUUGGAGGCGGGUUCUUGGUGAAGGACUCAAAGCAAUUGCGGGAACAGGCAUACGAGGGACGCUUUGGGAAGAACUCGAGAAUUGGAGACAUGUACAUCAAGAUGUACACCAAGCCUAGCAUGCUUGAAGCGCUGGAUCAAUGGGCAGUGAUCGCCAAAGAUGCUGGAAUCACGAAAGCGUCGCUGGCGUACCGAUGGAUUGCGUACCACAGUGCUCUGAAGGCAGAAAAUGGGGAUGCUAUCAUUAUCGGUGCGAGCAGGCCGAGCCAAGUCGAAGAAACUUGCACGUAUAUUGAGGAUGGCCCUCUAGAUUCAGAGAUCGCGCGGAGAGUGAACGCUCUUUGGAAGCAGAUUGAGAAGGACGCGCCGAUUGAUAAUUGGAACAGCUACGCGGGUAUCAAGGCUUCAUCGUAG